GUAAAGAAGGAUAGCUGAAGGGGAUUACCGAAGUACUGGUAGAAAUUCAGCUCAUCGAGUGUCCUGUAUAUGCAACUGAUUGCAAAUGUGUUAAUUGCAAUGACAUGUGAAGCUUCCAGAUCAAGUUUUAAUUUUCAUAAUUAUUAGGAAAUAGAGUCAAAUAGUUGUUCAAUAAGUAGAUUCUUCGAAGGAGACACCAACAUGUUGGUUUGCGGUCAGGGACUCAGCCACUAUAAAUAUAUAUGAUCAGAGAAAGUUGAAUCAAAUCUCUAGCAGCCAAGUAAAGCAUUAAAGAGACUAAGAAAGAUUGCUCACAGUGCAUUUCUUCCAAUUCAUUCAAUGGCAUAUCUGUCUUCCGGAGCUUUUCAAAUAAUACAUGCUAGAAUUUCAAAGUACCAGUUGAACUUGAGGACUACUGCAGGAGUUAAGAAGAAUGAAAUGGUCAAUAAAAUUGUUGCGAAGGGAAAAUACAGUCAUUCUGGAAGUAAUGGAAUUGUUGCUAAAACAUCUAACAUGGAAAUGCGGCCAAUAUGGUACUCUGGUAUAAAUCAUAGAAUUUCAAAGCACCAGUUAAAACUUUGGACUAUUGCAGCAGUUAAGAAGGACAAAAUGGUCAAUAAAAUUGUCGAAGAGUUUAAGGGUGAAGGAGAAAAGCCACUGUCAACCAAUGCUCCACGAUCAAAGUAUGAUGUUUUUGUAAACUUUAGGGGAAAGGAUAUCCGCAAAGGCUUUCUUAGCCAUUUGAUUAAGGCUUUUCCUCGAAAGCAAAUAAGCUUCUUUGUAGACAACAAAAUUAAGAGGGGAGAUGAGUUAUCACAUUCACUUGUUGAAGCAAUUGAAGGAUCAUUCAUUUCAUUGAUCAUAUUCUCAGAAAACUACGCUUCUUCACAUUGGUGCUUAGAUGAGCUUGUGAAAAUAUUUGAGUGCAAAAAGAAAUAUGGACAGAUUGUAAUACCUGUUUUCUACAACGUAGAAACUACAGUUGUUAAGAGUCAAAAGGAGAGUUAUGAAAAAGCAUUUUCUGAGCAUAACGAAAAGUAUAGUCCGUCAAGGGUGCAGAACUGGAAACAUGCUUUGCAAAAAUCUACUAAACUGACAGGAAUUAAGUUAUCAGAUUUUCAGAAUGAAGCUGAGCUGCUUGAAGAAAUCAUCAAUGUUGUGUCGAAGAGUUUGAGUAAGCACCCAGUUAACUCAAAAGGACUUGUUGGAAUUGACAAACCAAUUGAACAUUUGGAAUCAUUGUUACGGAAAGGGUCAAAAAAGGUCCGUGUCAUUGGAAUUUGUGGUAUGGGUGGUAUUGGCAAGACAACUAUUGCAGAAGAAAUAUUUUGCCGAAAUCGGUCUAAAUAUGAUGGUGGUUGUUUUUUACCAAAGGUAAGUGAAGAGUUAACAAGACAUGGAUUGCAAUCUUUAAAAGAAAACCUUUUUUCUACAUUACUAGAAGAAGAUGUGAAAAUUGAUCCACUAAAAAGGUUGGCUAGUGAUAUUGUGAGACGGGUUGGCCGCAUGAAGGUUCUUAUUGUUCUUGAUGAUGUCAAGAAUAAAAAUCAGGUAAAGAUGUUAUUUGGAACCCUUGAUUGGUUUCGAUCAGAUAGUAGAAUAAUUAUAACAACCAAAGAUAAGCAAGUACUUAUUGCUAAUGGAGUUGAUGAUCAUGAUCUAUAUGAGGUUGGGGUAUUGAGUUUUAAUCAAGCACUUGAGCUUUUCUAUUUAAAUGCCUUCAAACAGAUUAAUCAACCUGAAAACGAGAAGUACUAUAAGCUAUCAAAGAGGUUUGUCGAUUAUGCUGGAUGCAUUCCGUUAGUUCUUGAAAUUUUGGGUAGUCAUCUUAUUGGAAAAGAUAUGGAAUUUUGGGAAAGUCAGUUAGACCAACUUAAAACAAAUCCAAUUAAAGAAGUUUAUGAUGUAAUGAUUCUCAGUUAUAAAGAUCUUGAUCGCUUAGAGCGAAAGAUUUUUUUAGAUAUUGCAUGUUUUUUCAAUGGCUUGAAAUUGAAAGUGGAUUACAUAAAACUUUUACUGAAAGAUUGUGAGAGUGAUCGUUCAGUGACUGUUGGGUUAGAAAGGUUGAAAGAUAAAGCUCUUGUAACUAUUUCUGAAGAUAAUGUUGUUUCUAUGCAUGACACCAUACAAGAAAUGGCCCGAGAAGUUGUUCGUCGAGCAUCUAGUAAAGACCCUAGAAAACGCAGUCGAUUAUGGGAUCAAGAUGAAAUUUGUGAUGUAUUGAAAAAUGAAAAGGGUACUGAAGCAGUUAGAAGCAUAAGUUUAGACUUGUCAGCAAUUAAGAAGCUGGAAUUAAGCCCUCGUGUAUUUGCUAAGAUGACCAACCUGCAAUUUUUGGAUUUUCAUGGUAGACACGAUCAAGACUGUUUGGAUCUUCUUCCUCAAGGGCUUCAAUCUUUUCCAAGUGAUCUAAGAUAUCUUCAUUGGAUGCAUUACCCUCUAAAAUCAUUCCCUGAGAAGUUUUCUGCUAAGAAUCUUGUUAUAUUAGACUUGUCAUAUAGCCGUGUGGAAGAGCUUUGGUAUGGAAUUAAGAGUCUGGUUAAUUUAAAAGAAGUUAUACUCUAUAGAUCCAAAGUACUAAAGGAGCUACCAGACUUUUCAAAAGCUCCACAUCUUGAAGUAUUGGAUAUCAGUCGUUGUUAUAAUUUGAAAAGCAUCCAUCCAACUAUUUUCUCUCUUGAAAACCUAGUCAGAUUGAAUCUAGAAUUUUGUUCUUCCCUUACCAAAUUCGAAAGUGAUACUCGUUUAAGCUCCCUCCGUUGUCUCAACCUUGGAUAUUGCAAAAAACUGAGGACAUUCUCGGUGACAACAAAUAGUUUGAUAGAAUUGGACCUAACUGGCAUUCGCAUCAAUGCACUUCCAUCAUCUUUUGGAUGUCUAAGCAAGCUAGAAAUGCUGGCCUUAGGAGAGAGUAAAAUUGAGAGCAUACCUUCAAGCAUAAAAAAUCUUACAAGACUACGUAAACUAGACCUGAGACUUUGCUCUGAGGUUCUGGCUUUACCAGCGCUUCCUUCAUCACUUGAAACUCUAAUUGCUGAAGGUGAAUCGCUGAAGACUGUAUUGUUCCCUUCAACAGCUUCUGAACAAUUCAAGGAAAACAAGAAAGGGGUUGAGUUCUGGAAUUGCUCGAACUUGGAUAAGCGUUCUCUCAUAAAUAUUGGGUUGAAUGUUCAAAUCAAUAUAGUGAAGUUUGCAUAUCAACAUUUAUCCACACUGGAACAUGAUGAUUAUGUCGAAAGCUAUGAUGAUUACAAAUAUGAAUCUCCUUAUCAAGCUGUGUAUGUGUAUCCUGGAAGUAGUGUUCCAAAGUGGUUGUCGUACAAGACAACAAAGGAUGAAAUGAUUGUUGAUAUCUCUCCGCCACAUUUCUCCCCUUUAUUAGGCUUUGUUUUUUGCUUCAUUCUUGCUGAGGACUCCCAAUAUUGUGAUCUUAUGGAAUUUAACAUCACUGUAUUUGAUGGUGAGGGCGAUGGUGAAAAGGAUGAUAUCGAUAUCUACAUGUAUAGGACAUGUUGCUAUACUGCAUUAGAUCAUGUGUGCAUGAUAUACGACCAACCAUGUUCUCAGUACCUAACCAGCAUAGCGAAAAAUCAGACAAAGUUUAAAAUCAAGGUUACAGCAAGGACAGUAUCCAAUAAAUAUAGGGAAGGACCAGAGGUGAAGCUAAAAGGGUUUGGCAUCAGCCCGGUAAAUCAAGCAAUAUAUCAAAAUCUCAUUCACGAAAUGGAAUUGUUUGAUUAUAUUAACAUAUGGAAGAGGACUGUGCUUAGUAUCAUCCUGUGUAUUUUCUUCCUGCAGCUGAAGAUUAAGAUGAAGAAGUUGAUUUACACACAAAUCUAUAGUCUAAUUGGUUGCAGCAUUUCCAAAUCUGAGGUAGCUAAAGAAGUGUACGAUAAGGGGAUUGCAGAAGUACAGGUUGAAAAUGAAGCUAUAGGACAAGUACUUCAGAAGUAAUUGGAAGCUGUAGAUUAUCUCUAGUUUUCUUGUUUAACUGCAAAGUUCUAUGAUUGAUUUCUCAUUGUAACACAUGAAAGUGUAAUUUCAUGUUAUGUAACAAAAAAUAAGAUUUAUUGAAUUUGUCAUAAGUAGAUUCUUUGAAGACAUACCAACAUGUUGGUAUGUGGAAAGGGACACUUUAAGUUGUUAGGGAUUUGAUUUCUAGCUAUUGUGCACAGAGAAAGGAAACUCACCUUUUUUCCCAA